AUGGACGGGCACGGGCAGACUCGAAAAAACGGUGAACCGACAAUCGCUCUCCCAAAAGUAUCCGAAGGAUGUCGAGUACCGGUGUUAAUGGAUAUACAAAAGGCUUAUGUUCCGGCUGAAAUUGUCAGUACACGAGAAUCGAAUGGCAUUCGUGAAUAUUAUAUUCAUUAUGUUAAUUUUAAUCGACGUUUAGACGAAUGGGUAACAGAUGAAAAAAUGAAUUUAAAUGAAUUAGUGGGUCCCAGUGCAACAACUAAUACUGCAUCUACAGUAAUUGAUAUAACAACAAACGUCACAACAACUACAACAACAACACAAGAAGUCACAACGCUAAUAUCUCCUCCACAAACUCCGUUAUUACAAUCAAACUCUAGUCAUGCGUUAGAUUCACAACCACCCACAAUUAUAUUAACGGAUGGAGCAGAUUUAAUCUCAAAUCAGAGUCAACAAAGCGAUAUUUUGUCAUUAACACCAAGAACAAGUGAUACAUUAGGAAAUCCAUUAUCAUCAUUUAAUAAUAAAACAGUGACGCAUGGAGGAACAGGAGCAAGAGGAAAUGGUCAUCACGGAGCGGUACAUCAAAUAACAAAAGUUAAAAAUAUCAAUUGUAUACAUUUAGGAAGAUAUUAUAUAAAACCGUGGUAUUUCUCUCCAUAUCCAGAAACAAAAUGUACAUUGAUUCAUCCGCCUGGAAAUGAAGUUUAUCGCAAUGGUACAAUAUCAUUUUUUGAAAUUGAUGGAAGAAAAAAUAAGAAUUAUGCUCAUAAUCUAUGUUUACUAGCAAAAUUAUUUCUUGACCAUAAAACAUUAUUUUAUGAUACAGAUCCAUUUAUGUUUUAUGUAUUAACGGAAUUUGAUAAUCAAGGAUUUCAUAUUGUCGGAUAUUUUUCAAAGGAUAAGGAAUCUAGUGAAGAUUACAAUUUAUCGUGUAUAUUGACACUUCCACCCUAUCAAAAGAAAGGCUAUGGUCAUUUUAUGAUUGAGUUCAGUUAUACAUUAUCGAAACUAGAAAAUAAAGUUGGAACGCCUGAAAAACCAUUGUCGGAUCUUGGCUUACUGUCUUACCGUCGAUAUUGGUCUGAAGCAAUUAUGGAAACAUUAUUAAAUGUUCAAACUAAAGAAGGAGAAGAAUAUCCAGCGUUAUCAAUCAAUGAAAUAAGUGAAUUGACGUCAAUCAAGAAAGAUGAUGUUAUGGCUACAUUACAAAAUAUGGGUAUAAUUCGUUAUCAACAAGGUAGUUAUGUGUUAUCAGUAACAAAAGAUGUUUAUGCAACAUAUCAAUCGAAACGUCGUGCAAGAGUUGAUGCAAAAUGCUUAAUUUGGCAACCUACCAAAAUACAGUUUUUCGCGUAG